AUGCGGCAGCCCGCGGUCCGGCUGGUGCUGCUGGGCCGGGUGCGGUACGCCGGGCUGCUGGCGCUGCAGGAGCGCUGGCUGCGGCGGCUGCAGGCCGCGCCCGGCCCCGACGCCCGUGCUGGGGCCGAGGCGGGCGCGCUCCUGGUGUGCGAGCCCGCGGGGCCCGUGUACACGUCCGGCCUGCGCGGCGGCCUCACGCCCGAGGAGGCGGCGCGGCUGCGCGGCCUGGGCGCCGAGGUGCACACCACGGGCCGCGGCGGGCUGGCCACCUUCCACGGCCCCGGCCAGCUGCUCUGCCACCCGGUGCUCGACCUGCGGCGCCUCGGCCUGCGCCUGCGCACCCACGUGGCCGCGCUGGAGGCGUGCGCCGUGCGCCUGUGCGAGCUUCAGGGCCUGCGGGGCGCCCGCGCGCGGCCGCCGCCCUACACCGGGGUCUGGCUGGGCGAGCGUAAGAUCUGCGCGAUCGGAGUCCGCUGUGGAAGACACAUUACAUCCCAUGGCCUGGCUCUGAACUGUUCGACGGACCUCACAUGGUUUGAGCACAUUGUGCCCUGCGGGCUGGUUGGAACUGGCGUCACUUCCCUGAGUAAAGAGCUCCUGAGGCACACCACUGUGGAUGAAGUACUACCACCUUUCCUCGAGGCCUUUAAGGAGACCUACAAGUGCACCUUGUUCUCAGAGGACAGCCUCAACUGAAGGGCGUUCAUAUUAUCACAGCAGGAAGGUCCUAACUUGGAAGCACCAAGUUUGAUUUGGUGUCACUAUAACUCAGACUUUAGAUCUGGCCUUGUCAUUUACUCACCACCGACGAUGGGCAAAUCUUGAACUCUGAACCAUUGUUAACAUAUACAUCCUGCUUUAUUUAUAUCUUUUAGAUAUAGAUCUGAAAACAUUAUGAAAAGCAGCAGCACCUGCUAAAUAGACUGCAUUAGUGCUGCUAUUGACCACAUUUCAACAGUUAAUAGAAAUCCAGAUGUUAUUUCUCAAUUAUUUAUUACUUCCUCAAUAAUGUGUUUAAUAGGACAAUUCAGGGCUCCAGUUCCUUUGAUUUCAUAGGAGUCUGGGAGUCCAGGUAAAGGUGACGUGAUGUGGUGCUUUUAAAUUCUCAAGAGACCUGGGUGCUUUCUACAAUAAAAAGAAAGACUUCAUAAACAAUAAAAUGGGAUCCUGUCUUCCUGGGUUGGAUUACCCAAGGGUAAUAGCUGUUUUUACUUAGGUAACCUGAGAUAGGCCCAAGACCCAGAAAGAGAGAAUAAUUAUUUCUUAUGCUGUACAAAUGCUAGAGAUAGAAUUUUUUUUUUGUAUGAAAUCUAAGUUUAUAAGGCUGUGUACUAGUUAUCUAUUGCUGUAUAGUAUCACUCUAAAACUCAAUGACUUUAAACCAAGCAUUUAUUAUUUAUAUUCUGUAGGUCAGGAAUUUAAGAGACUUAGCGGGGUGGUUCUGGGUCAAGGUCUCUCCUGAGGUAUAGUCAAGAUGUUGACUGGGGCAGCUGGCAUCUGAAGGCUUGACUGGGUAUGGAAGAUCAGCUUCAAGAUGGCUCACUCACAUGACUGACUGGUACUGGUGGCUGACAGGAGGCCCCACUGAGUGGGUCACUCCACAUGGCUGCUUGAAUGUUCUCAUGACCCAGCAGCUGGCUUCCCCCAGAAUAAGUGAUGAUAGAGAAGGUAGAUACCACAUGUCUUUUAUCACCCAGACUUGAAAAUCACACCGUUAUUUCUGCAGUCUCCUAGUAGGUACGCCUUACUCAGUGUAGAAGGGACUAUACAAAGGUAAUAGAGGUGAGGAUCUUAGGAGCUAUCUUGGAGGCUGGCUACAAGAGGCAGUUAGGGUUUGGAAAGAGCCUUGAAUGAAAAGUCUGUGACCUUGGUUCCAGUGCCAACUGUGGACAAGUACCUUACCCUCCUUGGGCUUCAGUUUCCCGUUCACCAGCACUGUCCAAUAGAAACAUAAUGUGGACAACAUUGUACUUUUACAUUUCUAGUAGUCAUAUUAAAAAACAUAAGGGAAAGCUAACAUUAAUUUUAAUAACAUUUUAUUUAACACAAGAGGCGCAAAUCAUUAAAUGAAAAUAUUUUACAUUCUUUUUUUUCCUACACUAA